AUCGACGUGAUUGAAGUGAACGAAGCGUUUGCCACACAGUUUGCCGCGUGUGAGAAGGAGUUGGGUUUAGAUCCGGCAAAGACUAACGUUAACGGAGGGGCCGUCGCUCUCGGGCACCCUGUGGGCGCGUCCGGCGCUCGCAUUACCGCCAAUUUGGUGUAUGAGCUGAAGAGACGUAACGGCCGGUACGCCAUCGGCUCGGCCUGUAUUGGCGGCGGACAGGGAAUCGCUAUUGUCAUCGAAAAUGUCAAAUAAACAAAAACAAUGGAUGUAAUCAUGUGUUAGAUUUUUUUAUCGGUAC